AUGGUAUCCUUAUCUAUAUCUGACUCACCCCCUCCAAACAUCCUCAUUCCUGCUCUUAACAUGGUGUUGGUUUUGUUUUGGCAAACAGAUGACGAUGAAUGUAUGGAUGCUCCGUGUCGGAAUGGGGGUACGUGUACUGAUGGUAUAGCAGGAUACUGGUGUACCUGUGCACCAGGAUGGGACGAUCCCAAUUGUCAGACAAAUAUUAACGAGUGUCUUUCCAACCCUUGUGAGAACGGAGGUACACGUACAGAUGAAACUAACAUGUACACAUGUACAUGUGAAGCAGGAUACACGGGCGACGAAUGUCAAACAAACAUCAACGAGUGUAUGAGUGCACCGUGUCAAAAUGGUGGUGUUUGCGUGGACGGGGUCAACAGUUAUUUCUGCUUAUGCACAGGCACCGGUUUCGACGGAACCCACUGCGAAAACAAUAUUGAUGACUGUGUUAAUGGCCCGUGUUUGAAUGGCGGAGCAUGUAUGGAUGGGAUCAAUGAUUACAGUUGUACUUGCGAGCCUGGAUUCGUCGGAGAAAACUGUCAAAUAAACUUCAACGAGUGUGGAAGCACACACUGUCAGAACGGCGGAGAAUGCAUGGAUGAAAUCAACAGCUACACGUGUGACUGUAUGGAUGGAUGGACCGGUCCGUUAUGUAAUGAAAAUAUCGAUGAGUGCGAGAGUGACCCGUGUCAAAAUGGCGGUACGUGCGUAGAUGAGGUAAAUAGCUACACAUGCAUGUGUCCCGUUGGUACGAAAGGUACAAACUGCGAGACACGUAAGUACAAUAUUCCUCUGUGUUCAACAAUACAUGGUAUCCACAGCAAGUGA